CCUUUACAAAAAGGCCUAUAUCGUCAUUUAUUCAUUGUUUUUUUCAUCAAAUUUUCAAAUCAAAUCAAGAAAACUUAAUCCUCAAUCGAAAAUGAAAUUGGCCGCAUUGUUGGUUAUUGCCAUGUUUGGCAUAACAAUUGCCUACACCGUUCCAAUCGCAAACGAUGGUCGUGAUGAUUUGGCAAAAAAAUAUGAAGAAUUAAUUCAACAAGCACAAGAUGCAUUGAAAAAACAUCCACAAAACGAGAAAAAUCGUCAUGAUUUCCAAAAGAUUGAAGAGGAAAUUUUCACCAUCAGACAAUUGAUUGAAAUGGUCCAUUUCCAUAAAGAUGAUAGUAAUCUUCAAUGGGACAAUCUACAAUAUCAAACACAGAAAAAAAAAUUGGAAGAAAUGAUCAAAAAAUUGGAACAAGAUGAUAAUGGCGAUGUGACAACUUCUGCGCCGGUUAUUAUCGUUGGUGAAUAUGAUAAAGAUAAAAUGAUUCAAAGAUGUGAUGUUGUACUUAAACAAGCACAAUCUGUUUGGGGUAAACAAAAGGAAACGCCAGAGAAUAAAAAAAUCAUGGACGAACUAUUAAAAUGCAUCAUUGGCUUGACCGAAUUGAAAAGUGAAAUUCAACUAACACAAUCUGAAUCAAAUUUACAGAUGGAAGAAUUGUAUCUGGAAACAUAUGAAAAAAAAGUACCAUAUUUGAUUAAAAAAUUAGAACAUCCAGAAUCAUUUAUGAUCACCGCUGAUGACAAUGAUAAUGAUGAUGAUCGUGAAGAAGUAACAAAUGAAGCUGUGAAAUUAAUCAAAGAAGCUAAAAAUGUUUUACAUCAACAUCAUAGCCUUUCACAGCAGGAUUUUGAAAAAAUUUUUGCUGAAAUGUCGAUUCUUCGUGAUCUGGUACAAAAAGCACAAAUUUUCAAAAGUGAAGAACAAUUUCAUAAAAUCAUGUCCGAAAUGCGUGAACAUAAUAAAGUGAUGCGUGAAUUGUUGGACAGAAUUGAACCAUAAUUUUUUCUUUAUUAUAAUUCAUUUAUUGUAUUCUUUUUUUUAAAUUUUCAAUACUUACAUUCCAAUUUGAUUUAGAAAAUAAAAUGAUUAAAAUUUAUUGGAUAUUUCCCAUUUCUUUUAAUCAUAUAAAUAA